AUGAAUUGCCCUUCGCGCACCGAUGAAUCUCUUGAUGACCUAGGCUGGAAUCAGAACCCUCCUUCAUUAGCUGCGGAUCUUACUACACAUCAAGAUCUUAAUGGAAUAGCCAAUGCAAGAGAGCACAGAGGAAAUGACCUUGCAACAGAAUUGCAUCCUGGGCAAGAUGCUUCAUCUCUACACCUAACAUGGGCCUCGCAUAGCCCGCUAGGCUCCCCGGGAAAGGGAACUACUGCUGCCGGGCUUACAGUUAGUGAGCAAGGCAUGAGGACUUUGAAUGGCACGAAUGAUUUAGGCUCUCCAAGCGAAGCUCAGCAAAACACGAGUAGUAGCGGUGAUGGAACUUAUCCUCAGGGGAAACGGACUCUAGGAUGCCUAAUCCUUCGUUCCAUUCAAGUCCUGCGGAAAUUCGGCCAAUUUGUUGGUCCCGGCUUUUUAAUUGCCGUUGCAUAUAUCGAUCCAGGGAACUAUGCCACCGAUGUUGCUGCUGGAGCGGACACCAAAUACGCCCUAUUGUUUAUUAUCCUCAUGUCUAACUUAUUUGCCAUUUUUCUUCAAUCUCUAUGUAUCAAACUUGGAAGCGUCACUGGUCUCAAUCUAGCUGAGAAUUGCAAGGCCAAUCUGCCCAGAUGGCUGACUAUCCUGCUGUAUAUUCUUUCCGAAUCUGCCAUCAUCGCUACCGAUAUUGCCGAGGUCGUCGGGUCAGCGAUUGCGCUCAACUUACUGUUCAACAUACCGUUGAUCGCGGGGUGUGCCAUCACUCUUGUUGACGUGAUGGUUAUUCUUAUUUUUUACCGGCCUAAUGGAACAAUGCGUGUAGUGCGAGCUUUCGAGCUUUUUGUUAUGGGGCUCGUCUUUGGUGUCGUGGUUUGUUUCUGCAUCCAGCUGUCACAAAUUAAGGAAUCGAGCGUUGGUGAAGUUUUCAGGGGCUACUUGCCCUCAGCGGCGGUUGUCGAGGACAACGGAUUAUACCUUAGCUGUGGCAUUCUCGGAGCCACUGUUAUGCCACAUUCCAUCUUUUUAGGCAGCGGCGUUGUUCAGUCACGGCUGAAGCAAUUUGAUAUCGACUCGGGGCUCAUUGAUCCAUCCGUCCCAUAUGGCGAUAGUGAUCAGGAUGUGAAGUAUCGGCCAUCUAUCAACGCGAUACGCAAUUGUCUCAAAUAUUCUAUAGUCGAGUUAGCAUUUUCGCUCUUCACGUUCGCUUUAUUCGUGAACAGCAGUAUCCUCAUUGUUGCCGGGGCUUCUCUCUCCGGCUCAGAAGCCGGCGAUGCGGACUUGUUUGGAAUCCACAAGUUGCUAUCCAACACUAUCUCCCCAGCUGCUGGCACCAUUUUUGCAAUCGCCCUGCUUUUGUCAGGGGUAUCUGCCGGGAUUGUCUGUACUAUAGCUGGUCAGAUGGUCAGCGAAGGCAUGCUUAACUGGACUAUCGCUCUCUGGCUUCGAAGACUUAUCACUCGGCUGGUCAGCAUUAUUCCUAGCGUUAUCAUCGCGGCAGCCUGGUUUUGA